GCUUAAGAAGGGCAGCCAAUUAGAAAAGUUGGGGAAUAUCGUCGGUCGGUACUUAGGCGCGUGUGUUUGUCGAGUGCAUAUAGGUGACGGUCGCGAAAUAUAGUCGCAGCCAUCUUAUAUUUUGUGUCGGAGAAAAACAAUUUGGCCGUACAAAUGUUUCGCGAUUGUCCGUGAAGCCGCUCGUGAACGGGAGGCGUGCGCUCGAUGAGGCGUGACGUUUUUCGACCCUAGCCCAGACUACUACAUUAGCAAAGGUGGAUUGGUACGCGGGAUAUGAGCAGCUUGUCAAGCGCAACCUGACUCUGCUCCCCCAUCAAGAAGCAGUGCAGCAGCAGGAGCCGCAAUCAGAACAGCUGGCUCAGCAGCAGCAAACCGACAUAAUGACAUCCAUGUUCGAACAACAAAUCAAAAGCGAGCCCAUGGGCUUUUAUUCUGUUGCUUCGAGCCGUUCAGAUGGUUCGAACUCUAUGGUGAAUCUGUCCGACGACCGUGAGGAUCUUUCUCAGCAAGAGGGUCAUCCUCAGCAACAGACAACGCUACAAUUAAGUCAACAACAGGGUCAGCAACAAACUCAGCAGAGUCAGCAAGCGCAACAGGGACAACAGCAGAGUCAGAGCGUGCAACAGGAGGCUCCGAGCCGUCAAUCGACGGGACAGCAAACUGUUAAAGAGGGUUCAAGGUCAAGACCACAGCCUUGUAAAGUAUGCGGCAAGGUGCUAUCUUCUGCUUCGUCGUAUUAUGUACAUAUGAAACUUCACUCGGGCAACAAACCAUAUCAUUGUACAGUAUGCGAAGCCAGUUUUUGCCGUAAGCCAUAUUUGGAAGUGCACAUGAGGACGCACACAGGAGAACGACCCUUCCAAUGCGAGCUAUGUUUGAAAAGGUUUACGCAAAAGAGUAGUCUUAAUACUCAUAAACGAGUGCACACGGGAGAGCGACCGUACGCCUGCGAUAUAUGUCAAAAACGUUUCGCAGUGAAGAGCUACGUGACCGCGCAUCGUUGGAGUCACGUCGCCGAGAAACCUUUAGUGUGCGACAGAUGCUCUCUCACGUUCACGUCGAAGAGUCAAUUCGCAAUUCACAUCCGUACCCAUACCGCAAGUACUACGUACGAGUGCAACAUCUGUGGACGUACUUUUGUACGUGACAGUUAUCUCAUACGGCAUCAGAAUCGAGUACAUCGUGAUAUAAAUCAAAGCAAUACGAAUCACAAUCCACCGACGCCUCAAAGCACCGGCGGCGGAACGCCGGGUACAGGUUUUGAAAGCCCGGUCUGUGAUUUACGUUACAGCGAGGGACCCUCUUCGUUGGAUGGUUUGGCAGGAUCCAAAGGAGGCAUCGCGGCAGAGAUUGCAAGUUUAGCGAAGCAAAACAAUCUUCAACUUCCUCUACCACUGCUACAUCCGCAGACUACCAACUAGUGUUUAGACGGCAGUAUGUCCGAGUCCCUACCGCAACACCAGUCACCGCAGCAAGUAGUAUGUCCCACCUCGGCGUCUUCGCCAUUCACACUUAAUUCACCCGUGUCUCACGAGCACACACCAUCGCAGAGUGUCUACCAAACGACGGGCUCUUCCAGUUCCUUGGAUAGCCUCAACUCCCAACUCUACCCGCAAAUGUCAUCCCCUAUAGAUUCAUCAGAGUCGCAUCAUCAUUCGCAUCAACUGCAUCGCGGCAUUCCUCCACCAGGGCUUCACCCUGCACUCUAUCUGUACGCUCAGUACUCGAAUACGAGUCCUCCGAUCUCGUACACCGAAUAUAUUCAGCGCAACAAUUGAAUGCCAGUUUAUGCCAGCAAUGACGAUUUUUACCACGAACGUAGCGACGAUUCGCGCGACGUCAGCGCUCUAACGCGGGCUCUUCGAUCGCGUGUCAUUUAACGGUGCUGGUUAAACAAAGUGCCUAAAGAGCAUCCGCUUUCUGGAUCGCGACGGAUGCUUGAACCCAGUCGUGGAUUAAUAGUACUAAAGAAUUUUUACGCACCAAUCUUGUUUCGAUUUAAAAAGAAAAAAAAAAAAGGAAGACGGAAAAGAAUUGAAAAUCAAUUGUAAAUUGAUUACCGUUUUGCACGUAUUCGGUCACCUCUCGGUCCAUUUAAUGGAUUACUACGUUGACGAGCGUAAUUUUAACGAGAAUUAAAUAGCACCGUUCGAAGGGACGUACUCGAGCAGCGAUCGAUAAUUAACCUCGACCUCUGAAUUUUCCUCGUUUUAUCGAUCUCGUCGUGGUACAUCGAUGUUAGCAUAAACUAUCGCGUAACGUUUCUACACGAGUUUUCCAAGUUUCCGCACUUCUUGAUUUACCUAUUUUUCAAUCACACUGCGAGUACAUAUACAUAUAUAUAUAUAUCUAUGUGUGUAUAUAUAUUAUGCGCGAACCAUUAUACGCAUAACAUAUUUAUAUUAUAUUUUUAAAGGAGUUUAGUCACUUGGAUCUGUGAUAUAGAUAGUAAUUAUUAUCUACAACGUUUAAAACUAUUGGUUUACUAUUUUGAUGAUAUCAAAACGAGGAAAAAAAAAGUAAGCAAUGUCACGGAGCGAUGUAGCUGUCAGAAUUUAACGGACAUUGGUCUCUACCGAAGGUGUUUGGUAGACACCCUACUAUUACUUUUACAAACAAACAAAAAACAAGAAUAUUACUAUUACUAAUGCUGCUACUAUUAUUAUUACUACAACUACUAGUACUACUCUUACUAAUAUUCUCACUAACAUUGCCACCACCACCACCGACAUUUCCCCAACUAUAUAUUAUUCUCACUAUUCUGAUUAUUAUCAUUACUAUUACUACUACUGUUAUUAUUAGUAACACGCAAACGUUACUUCAUUUAGUAACGUGCAUAGUGCGUGCAUUGGUAGGACCCGUGACACAGUCACCAUGGUUUUUUUUUUUAGCUUUAAAUCUUAAGUUUGUUUUCUUCUUCUCAUUUCCCCCUCUCUUACGUUUACUUCUAAUUCUUUCUUCCCUCCACCCCUAUCCCCGCCUCGGUUCCUUCCCUACCCCCAUUGUACUAAUUUCUGUAUACCUCACCGCGUACGUAUCUGAACGAUAGAAACGUUUCGGUGUCGGUAUUCUUUUAUCGCGUAGGACAAUUACACAGCUUUGAAAUCAGUUCCAUGGGUGUACUUACUUUUCACAUAUCGAAGUGUAUUGUACACACAGAUACAUAUUGUAUAUACGUAUACAUAUACAUACGGAUGUAUUAUAAAAACGAUGAGCGGAUGUGCAGAUCGUGUUAGUUCUAAGUACUAGGAGUGUAAUAGCAGGGCUGUUGAUAUUUUCAUUUUUUUUUUUUCUUUUUUUUUCUCUUUUUUUUUUUAACUACUUUUAGAGAUUAGUUUUAGCGACUAUUAUUAUUAUUAACGUUCUGAUUAAUACGAUCAUCACGAUUAUUGUUAAUCUGUUAUCACUAACGCCACAAAAGCUUAGACACAAGCGGGGGAAAAAAAAACCAUGACAGCCGCGAAAAGUUUUCGUCUCCUUCGGGAUUCUGCGUACGAUCCAGCGCGACGGUCCGUUCGUUUCGACGAUAAAACGAAAAUAGAAGAUCGAUCGCACGCGCGCGUUAAAUAACGGAACCAAGAGCGCGCGAGGCGUCGUCGCAUGCGCGCGCGCGUCUAGUGUUUACGAAUCGACAACACAACGGGUAAAAGUGGGUACGCGAGUUCGCGAUUGCGAUUCGAAUAGAAACAUAACAAAAAUGGGGAAAAAGCAACAAAACCAAGAAAAAAGAGAAAAUAACAUUCGCGCUAGCGUGCCUCGAACUUCCUUAUAUCGUAGAUCCUGUCUCGACGGUCUUUUAGUCUUCACAUUGAACAAAACUUAAAAACAACAAAAAAAAAAAGCAAAGAAAAAAGAAAAAAAUGAAGAACAAUUCUCUGCGCGCGUAUGCCUGAGGCUUUUAAUUUAAACGAGACGCGAAGUCACCGGGUCAAGACUGAUUUACUCGCAAAGGAUUGCGAGCACAGAAAGAGGAGAGGAGGGGAAAAAAACGAUAUUUGUUCUUUGUUGUUGUUUUUGUUCGUGUUCGGUUACGCGUGGCGCGUGUAUUACGCCUGCAUCCGCGCGGAGGAGAGGAACCGAUGGUUUCUCUGUCGUUUCUUCCUCGCGAGAAGCGAAAACAUACUUUCGUGCGUUUCGUUCGGAAUGCUAGGUGCAAUGAAAACGAGAAAAGUGUCGUCCUUCGUGCUGGCUAGUCAUUGUGCAGCUCUAUGAAAUAUUAAUUGUACUACAAUGCUGUGAUUUAAAGCCUCCGUGCAUAUGUUCGCGCAGCUCCUAAUUAUUAUAGCGAUACAUAUUUUGUAGCUUGUUACGACUGUAAAUACAGUAGCUAGGUCGUAGGAAUACCUAAGAAAUGAAAACAAUUGCAGUUUCGAAUCGAUCGGUCGAUCCUUCGUUACGAUCUCUUCACUUCUUUCUCUCUCUCUCUCUCUAUGUUCGAUCUUUUUUUUUAUUUUAGUUCUCUCGCCCCAUCUUUCCCUUUCGUUUUCUCCCUUCUUUCGCAUCUCUUUCCGCCUUUCUUCGAUACAUGUGGCUUUCACGGUGCUGGGCAAGCAGAUUCUUUCCAACCGUGAAAACAAUAAAGAAACCACUUUCUUUGUUGCGUAUAUUGUUAUUCUAUUGUUUGAAAUAGAAAUGUUCGAGUUGCUCGCUCUCUUUGGAAUAACUUUUACUCGGAACUUUUAUUGGGUUGUCCGGAUAAUUUUUGUCGACUGUUACGAUGCAGAAAUGAUAUUUUUAUAGGUAUAUACUUUAUAUUUAUCCGCAUGUGCCAGUGAAAAACUAUCCAAGGCAAAGAUGAGUAAAUGUAAACGAUAGAUCAUCACGUGAUUGGAACCUCGUUUGUCGUGUUGUUCUUGCAAGGGGUGCAUUAUUUAAAACUUUUAAACAAUUUUUUAGGAACUUUCGAACAAUAUUCGAAGGGGUUAAAUAUGUUUUUAGACUACUGCUAGAUACGAUGUUCUUCCCAUUAAUUAAUCGUUGUACAUGUUUCCUAUAUUGUUACUUUUUAUUGCGUGAGAACCUCGUUCAUUGUACUGUGUUGACAAAUGGAAGGGAUGGUUAUUUAGAAACGAGAAAAAUUGGAGGUGGAAAGUGGGGGUAUACUGAGUGCAUGGGUUUCCUUCUAAUUAUUGGAUUGGUCACCUCUAUCUUUGCUUUAAUUUUCAACUUCACUUUCUUAAAAUUAUCGAGAUUCUACUGUAGUUGUUUAGCAGGAUCCUAUUACAAUUUUAUCAAAUAUAAAAAAUUAAUUUUUUUCUAACAAAAAAUAAACAAUAUUAACAGUAUCGUAAUUUAUUGGGCUUAGCUUAUUCCAAAACUUGUAAUUGGACAUGCAAUCCAUCUGAUUUUCUAUUCUCAACGAAACAUAAAUUUAAAUUUUCGAGGACGAUAUUUUUGGCAUUAUAAGUGCCUCUGCCAAUUUCCGUAUCGUGCAGUGUGCGGGUUAGUCUCGAUUAGCGUCUUACUUUGGUCAUCGUUGGUAGCUUACGUACCUAGUCGACUGAUACAGUCUGCAAUGAACGCCUAUGGGCGUUCACCAAAUAUACUCGGAUAAGUGCAACCAUCAGAUUUCCGCACACAGCGAAUGCCAAGUGUUCAAACCUUACCAUCGAAAGGGUUAACGUACUUUGUCUUCUUCCAUAAUUAACACUAGAACUUACCGACAAUUACAGUGUGUUUAUUUGUACCAAAGAAAUUGAAACGAUAGAUACGCGAAAAAAUAUAUAAUGCAAUGGAAUAUUAUAGAAAAUUAUGAUAAAUUUUCAAAGGUAAUUUUGACUGGUUUGGUAGUUCUGGUGUUAAAAGGGUGUAAAUCGGAAACAAAUUAAUUAAUACAUUUUUUUAGAUUGUACACGCAAGUCGAAUGUUAAUAACUAUUUUCACAGUGUACACAUGUUCCAAUGUCACUUGUUGAAAAUCGAUAUAUGCUUUCUGGACAACCCAAUAUGUGUUCUAUGGUAUUAUGUUGUUUCUGUUCGUCUACCUUAGAACGUAAAAAUUACACGCGAUACAUUUCUUCUCAUUUUAUACGAUAUUUUGUUUUACGGGCAAAUAUAGUCUGGAACGUGUUCUCGAUGAUUUGUAAUAUUUAACAAAUUGAAUAUUUUUUACUAAUAUACGGAACAACGGAUUGGAAAGAAACUUUUAUCGUUUACAUUUACAUCUAUGUUUUGUGAAAUUAAUCGACGAUCUGUUAAAAUGCGGAAAAUUACACGCGAAACAGUAAAGUCGCGCGCAAAAGUAUUCGCUCGUUGAUGAAAUGUAUAUGAAAAAUGAUUUUUAUGCUAGCUUAUUUCGAUAUAUAUUUUUCUGUGAUAAUAUCAUGAUCUUUUCGUAGCUUUUAAUUUUAUGGCUGAACCAAAACUAAGAAUUUCCCAGCAAAUGCUUUCCUUUUUAUAGUAUUUCUUUGUUAUAAAAAUCGAGAUUCACCAUCGAUGUUUCAAGUUUCGUUAGAUAUUUUUAAUCUACUCGAACGAUCGGAUCGUGACCUAUAAUUAAUUCCUAAUUAAUUCUUAAAAGCUUAUCGAUUAUUCGAGCAGCAUGUUUCGAAUUAUCGCUUGCUUAGGAAAUUAAAUUGUUUUAUGUUGUAUCUAACUUAAAAAUUUGCCUUUAAACGAUAUAAAAGUGGAUAUCUAAGCGAAUGAAAAUAUCGAUGGGACUCUCCACACGUGGAAUGGCGACUUCCCUUCUCAGCUUCUAAUGUAACGCCGCUAUUUUAUUAGAAAAAUAUUUUAUCUGAAUUCUGUACCGGAUUUUUCUACACGCGUAAUUCUUUUACUAUUAGCGUAUACGCGGAUAAAUACGAACUUAAUAUUAGUAGAGAUAUGCACGAGUAUCACCUUUUCGGGUCUCGAUUUUCUUGUAGUAACUGUACUAACAUGAAUUCGAUUUGUUACUCGUAAAAUUUUGAGUGAAUACUUUUAUCGGUAAUUAGAACACGACACGGGAGGGAAGGGGUGGAUUUUUCAAUGAACGAAUCGAUUUCGAUAAGGAAAGGAUUUUUGAUCAACGAACAUACUAUUUAUUAACGGUAGAGACCAUAUCGCGCGAAUACAUUGAGACUAUACAGGGUGUUCGGCCUGGGAAAAAUUUUAAUGGGAGAUUCUAGAAGCUAAAAAAGACGAAAAUCAAGAAUAUCAAUUUCUUGACUGAGGCUUCGUUAAAAAG